AUGGGUGCUUCAAAUAACACAUGCUCCAUAAAAGGCCUUAUAGUGGCCCUUUGCUUCCAUCAAAUGUUUGAAGGCAUGGGUCUUGGCAGUUGCAUUCUUCAGGCCCAAUACAAGUUGUUAAAGAGGAUGGUGUUAGUGUUGUUGUUCUCAAUUACAACUCCAUUUGGAAUCGCAUUAGGAAUUGGAUUGUCCAAAAUCUACAAAGAGAACAGCCCAAGUGCCCUAAUCACAGUUGGUAUGCUUAAUGCUUCAUCAGCUGGGCUUUUAAUCUAUAUGGCAUUGGUUGACCUUCUCUCUACUGAUUUCAUGAGUCCAAGAUUACAGAACAACAUUAAGCUCCAAUUCAAGUCUUACGUUGCUGUCUUUCUGGGUGCUGCUGGCAUGUCUAUCAUGACAAAAUAG